GUGGCACGCAUUCAGUGAGAUCACAUCCUUCCAUGCAUUGCUGUUGCCAUCGAUUUAAUAGUAGUUAGUUCUUCAGUCAACUUUAACCAGAUUUUCGAUUUAUGGAGCUCGUUUUGGGCAGGAGACAUGUUAUAAAUAACCGUUAAAUUUCAGUUUUAAAGAUAUGGAUGUCCUUUCGCGCAAUGUAAUCAUGGCAAGUUCUUGAGGAAUUCUCUCCACCUUUUGUUUGAUCACGUUUUGCUCUACCCUCGGAGUUUCACUGCGAACGGGCGCAUACAAUCAGUCAUAAUGUGGGGGAGAAACGAAUUUGAGGAUGGAUUUGAUACUUUUAAAACAGGUUCCAGCACCAGCUCUCCUGGAUGGGUCCCGGGGUGUGAGUCGCCAUGGCAGGGUACCUCCUCGGCCCCCGGUAACCGAGGACGACGCCACAGCACGGCCUCCGACAGUGGUGACACGGGCAUCGGCACGUCCUGCUCCGACAGUGCGGAAGACCAGUCUGGCUCCAGCACCACACUGUCCUUCCAGCCACUGCGCUCCCAGGGUGCCCUCCCCACGGCCCACGUCAUGCCCUCGCCCUCUUCCGGCUCGAAGCUCAGCACGGUACUCUCCCCUGGGGGCAGCCCCUGGUCCUCCUGCCAGCUGCCCUCGCCCCUCGACAGCCCCCUGGACAUGAAGGACCCCCGGCCCGUCAGCCCCUGGUCCUCCUGCCAGCUGCCCUCGCCCCUCGACAGCCCCCUGGACAUGAAGGACCCCCGGCCCGUCCGACGCUGGUCCUCCCUCACCCGCCUCAGCGUCCAGGAAAAGUCCAGCCCCGUGGGACGGGCAGCAUACCGCCCUGACCCCCACGGUUCCCUGGACAGAGGCAUGCUCUACGGUUACAGGCAGGACCCUCUGCGCCCCACAGAACCCUACCUAUCCCAAGGGCUCCACCUGCGCUCCCCAGGGGCUGAGGCCCGGUACAAAUACCCCCUAAGUACUAAGACAGACUCUCACUCGGCCUGCUCAUCUCCGCUCAAACCCAACACCUUAGACCUGACCUACAGUGCCUUACCGGAGACCAAGCACCCUGGCGUCGGGCUGACGGUACCCAGCCAGAGGGGCCUGCCACUGGGCCACCAGGCAGUAGGAGGGUCCCCCAUCCAGCCGGCGGUGAGGACCCAGAUGUGGCUGAGUGAGCAGAUGGAGUACCGGCCUCCCGGACCUGGGACAGAGCUAUGUGGGGGCUUGUCGGCCUGGCAACAGGAGCAGCAGCAGAGAGAGAGGUUGCGUCAGGAGGCCGAGCUCAACCAGAAGCUGGGCGGAGCCUCCCUUCCUGUGAACACUCUGGUGAAGAUCAAAGAGGGCCUGCUGCGACAGAGAGAGCUGGAGAUUGACAGACAAAAGCAGCAGAUCCUACAGCUCCAUGCCCGGAUCAGGGACAAUGAGCUGAGAGCGCAACAGGUCCUCCAGAGCCAGAAGGGGCGCUGUGACGACCCCUAUCUACUUAACGCUAAAGAGUCUCCAUAUGACAGUCCUGUAGCACAGCCCCACCCCCAGCUGCAGGUCCCAGAUAGGGUGAGUCCUCUGUACUGUGACAACGGGGCGCUGGGCCAUAAGCUGGCCGCUGCAGAGCUGGAGGUCAUCCACCUCAACGAGUUCCUCAAACAGAACACCCAGAAAUACACAGAGGACAUCAAGAAGCUGGAGGAGAAGAUGAAGACGCGCGACCGCUACAUCAGCAGCCUGAAGAAGAAGUGUCUGAGGGAGAGUGAGCAGAACAAGGAAAAGCAGCAGAGGAUAGAGACCCUGGAGAAGUACCUAGCUGACCUGCCCUCCCUCGAUGAGGUCCAGACCCAAGCCCAGCAGCUGGAGGACGGUCAGGGGAAGGCCCAGGUUCUGCAGGACACAGUGGCUUGUCUGGAGAAGAGUCUGGAGGAGGGCUGCGCCGUUCUGCAGGCGAAGGAGGACCUGAUUGAGACCCAGUGCAAGCGGGAGAAGGAGCUGGUGGCUGCUGUACAGAGCCUGCAGGAGAAGGUGGAGCAGUGUCUUGAGGACGGGGUCCGGCUCCCCAUGCUGGACCUGAAGGAGAUGGAGGUAGAGAACGCACGGUUACAGGAGCAGCAAGCCACCACCACCGAGCUGAUAGACAAUCAGAAGAACCAGAUUGAAAAACUCACCCUUGAGCUGACGGCUGUAGAGCAGAGGCUGCAGAAGGAGCGAUGUCUCUCCCAAGAGCUCCAGCAACAGCUGCAGGGCGAGGACCUGGCUUCACUCGCUGACACCCUCCAUCAGAACCAAAGGCAGGUGGAGGAUGGCGUGGUGAUUCAGCAGGGCUGCGGGGGCCAGGAGCCAGAGGCAGGGCCCCUGCUGAAGGAGAUGUCCUUUUGUCUGCUUGACCUCAAGGCCCUCUGUAGUAUCCUUACCCAGAGGGCCCAGGGCAAGGAACCCAACCUGGCACUGCUACUGGGCAUCAAAUCGAUGAGCAUGUCAGGGGAGGAGAAGGACAACUCUCUGGUGGAGGACAGCUUGCGGGCCAAGCUGCUGGAGGUAGGCCAGCUUAGGAAGGACAUUGAGGACCUGCGCACCGCCAUCUCUGACCGCUACGCACAGGACAUGGGCGAAAACUGUGUGACGCAAUGACACACCCGCAAUGAGGGAGCACUGAUGCCCAGCGACAGCGUGCCCACUCACCAAGGCUUCUGUGUCACAGCCAGUGAGGGUAGGAACAAAUCCUGAUUGGAGGAAAACCAGGAAGAACAGUGUUAAAAAUGGAAUAAGAAACUAGGUACUGUCAAUGCUGUAUUUUAUUUCGAUCCAGUUUUACGUGAUGGAGGUAUCUAGCUCCAGCUUUCUGAAUGUAGGAUCAAGCUGUGAAUCAAGUUUACAAGGAAGUCUUAAAAUAGGAUGUUAUGAUUUUUCAAAUGUCAAUUGCGCUUCCUGUGUAAUAGAAUGAAUUCCUGCAUGAUCAUGUACAUUGCUUCAUGCACAGAGACUUAUACCUGGAGGCCCUGCCCUCACAGAAGGGAGUAUAAGUGUUUGGCCCCUCCCACACAAUCUCACCGGCCAGUAGGAAACUGACUCACUGCUGCUCUGUCAAGUGCCUCUGUGUGUGACAGCUUCUCCACGAAUCUGCUGUCCUCUUCCUAAGUUGACUCCAAUGGCAACCCAUAGUGCUCCUCUCACAUCGCCCCGUGUGUUAUCCAAAGACAAACUCCCCGAACUCUCAGCAGCUGCCCAUAGUAGAGACUGCCUAGUGGCACUUCUUCCCUUGGCUCCACAACAUGCCACACAAACUGGCCAACCAAGAGGCUGCUUCUGUUCCUUUUCAGCAUUUCCGGUUCGUUAUGGGUGUUUCUUCUGUGUGCAAGUAGUUCGCUAUUUGGGAUAUGAAUGGUUUUCAAUAGAAGAUUUCAGUGAUGUGGAUCACCCCAAACUGGUUAUUUGGAUAGAUUUUUUUAAUGAAAAAGCUUGGCAAUAACCCCUUUCAUAUUAUUUGCUGUUGUGUUGAACAUAAUAGCAUCAGGUAAUAUUCAGGUGUUUUUCUAACAAUUAAAUUCAGGAAUUGUUUUUACAACUUCAGAUUGACUAGUAGGAUCAGGGCUUAAUACUGCCCCAUUAUUUAAAUAGGCAGCACAAUUCCGAUGAUUUUUCCACUAAUUUGUGAGCUGAUUAGUCAAAAGAUCAAUUUGAAAUAAAAACACAGUAUAGGCCCAUAUUACCUACUGGGACUUGACUCACUUAUAUUAAUCCAUUGUCAAUAUAGGCACAUCGAGUUGACUGAGGAAUAUUCCUCCAACCUCAACCACAGAGGGGUCUCUAGAUGAAUGCAUCCAUGGAGUAAUCGUUGCUUCACAUUCUUCUGUUUUACUUUGAUUGCUGUUCCCACUAUUUGUCACAGGAACACUCUUGCUUCAUCUCAAACUAUUUGGAAUGUGAAUUUUAGCGAGCCGGUCAUGACAACCAACACAGUAAUGUUUGCUAUAAGGCAGGGUUUCAAACUGUCCUUGGGACCCCCGGUUUGUUUUCACCUAACGCGACACAGCUGAUUCAAAUGAUCAAGCUUGAUUUUAAUCAGCUGGUGCAAAACAAAACCUGCUAUAAAGUGUUAUACAUUUUUACAGAUAGUAAUUUAUCCUGGUGACAAGGUAAAAAAAAAUGUUAGUUUAGAGCCAAGUAUAUUUUGCAUGUCUCAAUUUAGACUAAUGUAGGUUGUAGAGUAUUCUAUUAUACUGUUGUAUUACCAAUCUUAGAAAGGAAAAAUUGGCUAUGUAAAAUGUUUUGGCAGGUUACGAUAAAGAACAAAGGUCGACUCGGGCCUAGAUUCAAACCAUACCACUGAAGAGCGGCAUUGAAAGGUCAUUUCCGAUUGGGCCGACAUGCAACUUUGACCAUGAUUAGUCUGAGAAACUUGCCUUUAAAAAUUGCACAGGUCUUCAGCAAUAUAGAUUGAAUCUAGUCCUAAGCCUUACAUGGAAACUAAUAUGCAAUGUCACAUGCACCAGUUAACACCUCCCAUUCAGUAGCAGAUCUGAAAUGUUAUUGUUCUUCUGUGCCUUUUAAUCUAUGCAGCAGAUAAGAGCUCCUGUUUCUCCCUAUUGACAGGGUCUGGAGACAACUAUUCUGCAUCUUGUAAAUAAGAGGCUACCCCUCACAAUUAUGCUAAGCCAUAGCCACAAAAUAAAUAUAGCCACUCAGGUAAAUUAAGGCCAUAGCAGGCUCUUGUGAAACCUGAAGAAUGUACUCUGAUGCACAGCAUCCAUUGUGAGGUGUAGGUCUGUGGGAGUAUAGUGCUCAUGUAGAGGGAAACAGGUGUGGUUGUCAUGGCUGUCUGCACUGGACUAGGAGCCACUGGUUGGCUUUCCUGUACAUAGGAAUCUGUUUAUGUUACACUUCGUUUUGCAGCUAGAUUUUAUGAUGCCAAAACGUUUAUUUAUACAUGUUCCUAAAAGUAUUUUUCCAUUUAAGGCUUGAUUGUCAUUUGUACAGACUGCAAAUAAAAUAUUUUUCUAUAACAGUU